AUGCAUGGGGACCGUCCACACAGUUCAUCAGCACCGAUGAUAAAUGCACAGUCAAUCCCAGACCGUCUCUCAUUCGCCACUGCUAAAGGAAUUUCAUCCUCUUCUUCCCAUUCGCUCAUUUCUUCUUCUUCCCUAAGGUUAGGCUCAAUCCCUGCUUCCUCAGAAUGUCCCGCUGGGGUGCGAUUUACCGCCCUCAGCCUUCGAAGGCUAACCAGUGACACUGAAGCUCCAGUAUCGACAAAGGCCUUCACCUUCUUGUCUCCCAGUAACACAUCACAGGUGAAGUCUGGCCCUUCCUUCAGCAAACGGUAUAUCUGUGCCUUUCUUCUUCCCGUAUGUUCUCUCCCUUCCUCUCGCUUUCUCGACAACCGAGAUGUGGGAGUCGUUAGGAUUGUUCCGUUCGGUGUGGUCCAUCUUUCUCCUGCGAGGACAGGUUCGUCUCAGGUGACCCGCCCCUCCACAGCGCCAACACCUUUACAACUUGACGAAAAGUGCCCGACCAUGCCACAUGUCCAGCCACUCUGCCUCUUACUUUUUUACGGGAUGCCCCAACGGCGUUUCCCGGACACUUUUCCUUCUCGGCAGGGAGCAAAAGUCGUCUUGUCAACUACCACUUUCCUACAAGAAGAGAGACCGACGACAGAACGAAAGGAAAAAUACUUAACACGGUGGUGGCGCUUCAAUUGCGUACAAAGCCGACAAAGUCAAAACAAGAUCAACAAUAUUACUGGCAUAUUUAAGUGCAAUGAGCAAAAAAACGGAAUCCAAAAAGUGACUUACCUGAGGUCCGCCGCUCUGUGUUUUGUUUCUUUUUCCUCCUUCUUUUGGUUCCUUAUCUUUUCCUCCUUAUGUCCCUUUUAG